AAUUAGGUUGCCACUUCACACUGACAGUUUUGUCUUAUUCAGUCAGCUUAUUUUAUUUUAACAAUAGUUCUACAUUGAAACGAUCGGUUUACUUAUCGUGUUCAAACAAUUAAAAAUGUUUUGGUUUUUUCUUAACAAAUUCCGUAAAAAUAAAGCGUUGAAGUCUACCAAGAAAGAUGAUUCGGCAGUGAUUAACGAUGCUAAAUAUUCUAUUGAACAACUUUUAUUAAAGCUAGACGAACUAAAAUUUUACGAAAAUAAUAUUCCUGGCGUUUUGUCUAUACCGGAAAAAAGUUUUGAUAUGAUGUCAGUUACUGAUCCUUAUGGUGAUUUUUCGGGAUCAUUGUUUAACGAAAGUGAUGAAGAAGAUGAACCAAUCAAAGUAAAAGAAUCAUCAGGUAGUACGAUUAUCGAGGUAAAUGGUACGAAAGGGCUUAAGGAUAGCAUUUCAAUAAUAAACACCAAUUAUAAGAAAACUAUAACAAACAAAAUGAAAACAUUACAAUGUCCGUUUACGUGGCACUUAGACCCAAGCAAAUGGAAUCUCGAUUUUCUAUCUCGCAUUAAAAAUAAAUAUGGCUUUUAUAAUAUGGAUAUCGAGUCAUUGGAUUUCUCAGUGGAAAAGUUCGUCAGUAAUCUUAUAGUUGGUUGUGUUUUGUUUAAAACAGACGAACCGGAGAAAUCGUAUAAUACAAUUAUAAAUAUUUGGAAAUGGUUGGAUAAAAUAGAUGACGCAUGUGAUUCAUUUUAUCUUAGUAUUAGAACCGGAUUAAAACACAUUGUUAUGUCUACGCUAACUUUUAUACAUUACACAUCACAUCAAACUAUUGAAUGUCAACGGCUGUUCCAAAUGACUACACCAUUUAACAAUUUAUGUAAGAAGUCACGAGCGGCAGUUUUUUGUAUGCGUGCUGCAGUUUGUAUAGAAUACGGUGGUAAGGAAAUAGAAAAAGCUAUCGAAUGCGCAAAAAUAGCAUGUGAAUUAGACCCUGACACCGCGUACUGGCAUUAUAUUCUUUCGUUGGCAAUGAGUGCUCAAAGACAAUUUUUACACACCAACAAGUCGUGUCCUACAGAAGCAGAGUUUAACGCCAUACAAUAUGCAAUUAUACUGCUGGGAAACGAACAAAAUCCAUAUUUUAAUUUUCAUAGGAUGAACCUAAUGAAAACUAAAAUACAUUACUACCACAAUCUUCACGCUGACAGACUGGAAGAAGAAUUAGCGGUGAAAAUAAAGAAAGAUUAUCAACACGUCGCAGAAUUGAUCAGAACGAUUGUGGACAUGCAACCUAAAGAUCCCCAUUUAUUCGUAAGAUGUGCACAAUCUUUAAUGACGUUGCCUAUGGUGAUUUGUGAUACCUACUCGGCAAAGGAUAUUUUAUUGAAAGCGCUAGACGUUUCCCGUAACGAUCGGACUGUAAUUAGAGCGAUUGAAAAAAGUAUUCGUAUUUACAACAAAAUGAGUAAAAUACAGGAACCGGCAAUGGACAAUUUGUCGUCUGAAAUCGAUAUAAUUCAAAUCGAGAACGACGAAGAACGCAAAUUACAAAUUCGCUUAAAUUCGGUUGUUGAAAAACAUAACAAUGGCCGAGAUCCCAUCGUUGAUUUAGUUAAGUUGGUGGAUGAAUGCGACGAAGAUAAUAAAUGGGAACUAUUGGCUCAAAUUUGUUCAUACACGAUACUAUGGAAAGGUCCCAGUUUUCUGCGAACUAGCGUAGAGCAAUUUAUGAUGUUAAUUAAAAAAGAAGAUAAUGCCAAUAGCGAUAUUGUCACGGGUCAUUGUUCCAUAUUUUCAAAAGAUACUAGCGUGACGUUCAAUUUGGCGGAGUUAUUGUGUAAUGAAAUUAAAUUAGUAGUUUUAUCUGGUGGUGCUGCGGACCCAAAAGAUACUCAGUACCUACUUGAUCAGUUAACCACCAUCAUGGAGGUCUGUAGAAUAAAAUCGAAAGAAGCUGAUCCGACUAUGCGAUCUAGACUUUUGACUAAGAUAAGACAAGUGGAGGAGGAUAUGAAACCAGAACCAAAUGGUCAUCGUCAAAAUCAUCAUAAGCGCAGAAAUAAGAAAAGCCAGAGUCGUCGAAGAAAAUGGGUGUACAAAAAACCCAAUACAAUUUUGUCCAAAAGAAAAAAACAUUUAAAUAACUCCAGUAUAUGUACUCAAUAAAAAAAAACUGCAUAAAAACUAUAAAUUAUUUGUACUGUUUUAGCUUCAACUUGGAACUGAACACAAAUAUGUUCUUUCUUUUUAUCAAAUCGAUUAUAACAAUAUUACUAUUGUAGAACUAUUACUAUUUGUAACAUAUCUAUGUUAU